CGGCGGCCGCUCAUGUGGUACAGGAGGGGCGAGGCCGGCGGCCGCUCAUGUGGUACAGGAGGGGCGAGGCCGGCGGCCGCCAGGCGGAAGUCGCCGGUCGCCACCUCAGCUGGGCGUCGCUGGGAGCUGCGGUCAUGGCGGGCGUCAAAGCUCUCGUGGCCCUCUCCUUCAGCGGAGCCAUCGGGCUGACGUUCCUCAUGCUGGGCUGCGCCCUGGAGUACUACGGUGUGUACUGGCCUCUCUUUGUCUUGAUAUUCUACUUCAUCUGCCCCAUUCCCCACUUCAUUGCAAAAAGAGUCAGUGAUGACAGCGAUGCAGCCAGCAGUGCCUGCAGGGAGUUGGCGUAUUUCUUCACAACUGGGAUCGUUGUGUCUGCCUUUGGGUUCCCAAUAAUCCUUGCACGGGUUGAAGCGAUCAAAUGGGGAGCCUGUGGUCUGGUGCUGGCUGGCAAUGCAGUCAUUUUCCUUACUAUUUUAGGCUUUUUUCUUGUGUUUGGUAGAGGAGAUGACUUUAGCUGGGAGCAGUGGUAGGACAUCGCUCUGACACUGGUAACCCUCGACAGCACACUGCACCGUCCGUAUCCUCUGCCUGUGUAGAUGUGUAUAUGUUGUAACACGUGUGUGUGUGUGCAGGCUGAAGUGGAUGCAUCUGCAUGUAGCUUUACAUUACCUGGUCAUCACAUGCUUUAUUAAAAUGCAUUUCAGCCAAAGGGAAAAGGCCCUUGUGACAACUGUCCCCAUGUGUUUGAUAAAAGCUGCAGUUGCUGCUGCAAACCCAAAGAAGUUUACAAAGCAUAAGCUGUUUUACUCUUUUUCUUUCACUCUGUAUGCAUUAAGUUUUGGUUUAGUCACAGUAGGGUCAUUGAUACACAUGUUAUUGUUCACCUCUUGGGGUUAUUUAACCAUGUAAUCAAAAUAGGCCCAUAGAAAGAUUAUCCUACUUAGUAUUGCUCAACUUGAUCGAGCUCUCUGCUUAGAUGAAUGAGUACUUGCUUUUCAUCUGAAUUGCAGUGGUUUUUUUCUUGAUAACAUCAAUCCAUGCAUAGGUUAUGCCAACUCUUUUUUUACCUAAUGAAAGAGAAAGAAAACAACCCUGCUUAAAAAUCCAUCCUUCCACUCAGAGGGUUCAUUUUUAAAUUUCCCUCCAAAGAUACUCAGGCUUUGUCCCUAUCCCUAGAAUCAUAGGGGUUGGAAGGGACCUUUAGAGAUCAUCUAGUCCAGCCCUCAACUUAACAACUGUGAUCUGGUUUGGAGUAAUCUAUUUGAGUGCCUCUUUAAUGCUCAGAGCUGACAUUUCUUCUUUUGUGAACCUUCAUAAGAGAGGUAACUACCUUCAGGACACAAUCACCAUGUGGAAAGCAAUUCAGUAUUCUUGUGUGCAAUGCCACAGUUGUAAAGAAGUGAGUGUUCUGGGUAGAACUUAUCUCCUGCUUUCUCACUGCUUUUAAAACAUACUUAUUCAACUACUAACUUCUGGUGUCUGUAAGAACAGAUUGUCAUGUUAAAACACUAUAUUUUUGAAUAGCAUUAUCCUAGUAAACAUUCACACACUUCCAAAAGUUACCUUUAUUACUGCUUUGACUUGUUGAAUCCUGCAAAUUGUGGUGUGGAGUCAUGGAGCUUUGUAAAACCACAUUCUGAUACAACUUGAGAACACAUUUCAGUGAUCUGCAAAGGGGUAAAGGAAGAGGCACCUUAGUUUAUCGUUUUGUAGAACAGUGGACAUAAAGAGGUUUCUGCUCUGAAGUAAGAAGCUGAAUUCCUGCAUAGGGUGUUCUUUCCUCUUACAAGUUCUUCAGACUAGCAGAUUCCAAAUGAGUGUUUGAGAGUUGUGUAUGUUAGCUCACAGCUGUCACCGUGUGUAGCUGUGAGGGACAAUGUGCAGGGAGGUAAUAGAAUCCACCCUACAAGAUGUGGCAGCUUCACCAACGCAGUGCUUUUUUGCCUCAUAAGUUGUAUGGAACUACUUGUGCUGCCCUCCAAAACUCCCUCAGUACUUCUGUACUGCAAAAUGGUGUCCUGUGGGUUGCUGUGCAGAGCAAAGGUUCAAAAACUAAUGUUCCAUGGGCCCUCUGAUACAGGGUCUUUUGUUCAUGCUCAGUGCCCUAGAGGAAGGGUACAGAAGUCACUCAGUGGUCCAAGUAAUAUCACUUAAGGAGGAAGUAAACACCAUGUUUCAGGAAGGUUAAUACUUAUCUUAAAUCUAAACUCCAGAGGUGUGUCAGGUGAGCACUUCAGUGCUGAGGAAUGCUGGCUGUGUUUUAUACUGAAGUGCAUCUAGGCUGUCAUUCCUGUAAAAGAAGAAUUAACAUGAAAGGACAGUUGUUUUCUGGACAUGAAUGCUUCACCAGAGGCCUAGCAGGAGUAUACUUGGGCAUAAACAAGGUCUCUUACAAUAUCUUCUUCCUGGACUUCAGGGGAAAUCUCUGAGACCCUCCUGAUUUGUAAAGUACUACUGGGGAAAUUAUUUACUGUAAUUAAGAGCCAAGUUGUUUGGAGUAAACAUGUAUAAGUCCUGCUUUGAUAUUGGAAGAAGUUGCAUUUUUGUCCUUUACAACAGCCUUUUUCAGUCAAAUUAGGGAGGCAAAGCAGCAGCAAUAACACACAAGUUAAGUGCCUGAUCCUGUCAGUGCCUGAUGUACUUGCCCACAGCUUGGUCUAAUCCCUGUUGAAAUAUUUGUGUACUUGCAGGGUUAGGUUCUUGAGUAUUUUUACUCCUUAGUAUGUACCAAAGGCUGCAACAGAAGUCUACAGAGCUCAUCAAUUGCUGAUGAAACUUUACUCUCAAGAACAGCUGAGAUUUGUGUUUUCCUCAAGUCAGAGAAUCAUUGGUUGCAGAAUGUGUUGUAGAUCUGUUAGUAAACGUCAUGCUUGGGGCAGGCUGGGAUACAGCAGUAAGCACAGGACAAUCUCAGAUGAAAAGGAGGACUGGGAAGUGCAGUUUGGGAGAGAGGUUGCUUCUUUGACAAACUCUUCUGCUGUACUGUGUCUGCUUUGGUGUUCCUGUGGUUGGUGGGUACCUCACAAAAAGGCAGGUAACUGUUCAAUAGAGAAAGGCAAUGCUUGCUUUUCCCCCACUUCUCUUGAAGCAGCCACAUGCACUAAUCCCUGAUGUGAACCUUGUGCAGUUUCCACCAUGGACUUUUCUUUGUAACAGUUGUGUUUAGCAGUGUUUCAAUGAUGGAAAUCUUCCUUGACCUCUUUAAAGGACAUUUGCUUGAAUAAGUCUUCGCUGGCAAAGAUGGUUAAAGGAAAAGAAUUCAGUGCUUGCUUUUUCCUUAUCAAGAGUUUUCACUCAGUUCCCACAAACCUGGUGCUUUGAUGGCCAGUACAGGGCAUACUGUCACUCUCUACCAGUAGCCAUUUACUGUGGUUUCUCUGAACUUGCUUUCCUAGAUGGAAGUGCAUACUAUGUACCCAAAGUGCCUUGAUUUCCUCUGCUGAUGUGAGGAGUGCAUACACACAGCAAUAUCACUGUGUUUCAGAGGUGGCUGAAAAUCUGUUCCUGCCUUUUGUAAAGCUUCCUUGUCAACUAACCAUGUGUUGUGUGCCUGGGAAAGUGCAGCUUUUGUAACUUUUGUAAACACUACUUUUGUUUUCUGUGAUGGCCAGGUUCUUGAGAUGAUGGAGCAUUAAACAUGGACAUUAAAGCAUAUUCUGCUCUUCUUUUUGAAUUGUCUAAUAAACAUCUGAUGCUUAA